GGUGUGUGUUGUCUUUUCCCCUCAUUCAGUGCGACGUUUUAUUAAAGUUGUAAGAUGGCGACGGUGCAUUUGAGGAUCGGGGACCUAGUGUGGGGGAAGCUUGGUCGUUACCCACCAUGGCCAGGGAAGGUAGUAAGCCCUCCUAAGGACUUGAAAAAGCCCAGGGGCAAAAAAUGCCAUUUUGUGAAAUUUUUUGGAACUGAAGACCAUGCCUGGAUCAAAGUAGAACAGCUGAAGCCCUACCAUGCCCACAAAGAGGAGAUGAUCAAGAUAAAUAAAGGAAAGCGCUUCCAGCAGGCGGUCGAUGCAGUGGAAGACUUCCUAAAGAAAGCAAAGGGGAAAGAACAGAACUCGGAUGGGAAAGGAGACUCAAAAGGAAAGAAGACAUCCAACAAGCCACUGAAAAUACUGGAGGAGGAUGAUGAGGAUCUCAGUGCCCUGAAGGACCCCUCUGAAAAGGACUUAACUGACUCUGACCCCGAGCCGUCCACUAUUGAGAGGCUGGGGGCUGGACCUGGCUCAGGAUUCAAAUGGGAAAGCAGUCCUGUGAAGGACGACCCACAUUUCCAUCACUUCCUACUCAGCCAGUCUGAGAAGCCAGCCUCAUCAAUGGAACCCAUCAGCAAGCGCCUAAAGAUCAUUGAAGAGGAAACAGGGUCAACAUCCAUCCAAGCAGCAGACAGCACAGCCAUCAAUGGCAGCAUCACACCCACAGAUAAAAGGAUAGGGUUCCUGGGUCUGGGGCUGAUGGGUAGCGGUAUAGUUUCCAACCUGUUGAAAAUGGGUCAUGUUGUCACAGUGUGGAACCGCACAGCAGAAAAGUGUGACCUGUUCAUUCAGGAGGGAGCCAGGUUAGGCCGGACUCCUGCCGAGGUGGCUUCCAUGUGUGAUAUCACUUUCUCCUGUGUCUCUGACCCAAAGGCUGCCAGGGAUUUGGUGUUGGGACCCAGUGGAGUGCUGCAGGGAAUCAGGCCAGGCAAAUGCUACAUAGAGAUGUCCACUGUUGACCCAGAGACCAUCACAGAACUAUCACAGGUGAUUACAUCGCGGGGUGGGCGUUUCCUGGAGGCCCCAGUGGCAGGAAGUCAGCAGCUCUCCAAUGAUGGGAUGCUGGUCAUCCUGGCAGCUGGUGACAGAAGUGUCUACGAGGAUUGCAGCAGCUGCUUCCAGGCCAUGGGCAAGACCUCCUUCUUCCUGGGUGAAGCGGGUAAUGCAGCGAGGAUGAUGCUGAUCCUGAACAUGGUGCAAGGCAGCUUCAUGGCCACCAUUGCAGAGGGGCUAACCCUGGCCCAGGCCACAGGCCAAUCACAACAGACCUUCCUGGACAUCCUGUGCCAGGGCCAGAUGGCAAGCACCUUUGUGGACCAGAAAUGCCAAAAUAUUUUACAGGGCAACUUCAAGCCAGAUUACUAUUUGAAACAUAUUCAGAAGGACCUGAGGCUAGCCAUUUCAAUGGGUGACAUGGCCAACCAUCCAACCCCAAUGGCUGCAGCUGCCAAUGAGGUUUACAAGAGGGCUAAGGCACUGGACCAGUCAGACAAUGAUAUAUCUGCAGUCUACAGAGCCUACAUUCACUAGAGCGAGGUGUGACUUACUUAUCCUCUGGACCACACAGUCUUUAAUCCCUUUUUAUUUCUCCUUUGUCAUGUAAUGAGUUUUUUGUUUUGUUUUGUUUUAAAUUCUAGUUGUUUUAUUUCAUUUUGCCACAGCGCCAGCCAUGUUAGCUGCCCAAAAGUCAUGGGGUUGUAAUUCCUUUGUUAGAGGCAACCUUGAGCAUUGCACUGACUGUACUGGGGGAAUAUAUGCUGUAUGAGUGCUCCAGAUAAGGUUGUACUACUGCAAUUUGCUGUGGGGGCAGUUUUGUGGAUGCAUAAACCCUAAAGAAGAUUGUUUUUUGUUCAUGUGCAAAUGUUGAGUAUAUUUAAUUGAGUGUGAUCUUUGCUUUUCUUUUAAAUGUCCAGAAUUCCAUGAGAGAAAACACCAAGAACAUGCCACUGCAUUGCCUUAAUAUUGUAACCCCUCAAGUCUAUCAGUUAUAGUAUUUAUUUAUGUUUCUUUUUAGGUCUUCUUGGUGCAGUUUGGCCAUGGCUUGUUACUGUAUUUCACAAGAUGAUUUAUGCUUUUAUGUUGGUGUUAAUGAUAAUUUUUGAACAGGUUAAGGACAGAGCAACAAUGUGUUGAGGCCUUAAAAUGCAGUAAUAAUUGAUACUUCUCAUCAAGACUUGAGAUUUCCACAUUUGAAACCCUUUAUUCUUGUGUUUGGAAGAGUUCUCAUUUACAGUGUUUUUCUUAUUUUAAUAUAUUACUCUGAAACUAGAUGAAUCCACUUUUUGAGUUGUAUUUUAACUGAAUGGCAUAAUUAAGUCCUGAUGUCAAUUGUGUUUUUAUCUGGUAGUUGGAGAUAAAAGUUGUGGCUGGGUUUUGAAGGCCAAUUUUAGACCAUCAAUUAACAAAAGUUCACAAUUAAAAACCAAGCUAAUGAAAGAGUUUCUGGUGGGUCAGUGGUUGGAGAGUUUGUUUCCUUUCAAAGACUGAAACUUAAAGCUGUCGAAUAAAUACAUCUCCAGAUCCAGAGUCUGCAGCUGAUAGUAGAUGGAAUGGAGUUAUUGAGAAAGUACUACAUCAGUAUAACCCCAAAACUCACUUCAACUAAACUGUUUGGGUAAAUAUGGAAAUGUAACAAUCAGUGUGAAUAUGAAUUCUGUUUUAUUUAUUUUUUUUACUUCAGGAAGGGGACGAUCUUGACCACGUAGUAGAGGUCUUUGCAAGUCCACUCACUUCUUAGCAAACAAGACCUUAUUCAGGUCUGAAACAUGACAGAUAAAUUGGCUACAUCAACUUCUAUAGGCUCAUGACAGAGUCAUCCUAUAUGUCGGCUCAUAACUUAUUUAAAUGUCAGUACAGAAACUCCGAUACCAAGGAUAUGUUUGAGGUAGUGAAGAAAUGGUGUCUCUGUAACAUAGCUUGUCUAUCAGAGAGCACUAACAAGUUUGUUAAUACGCUGUGAAAUGUCCCACUCUCUGCAUAUACUGAGCGCCAUGCCUCAAUAAACAGAUGUAAAGGUCUUUAAAGAUUUGUUUAAAAGAAGAGCAUAGGGAAAAAUUUUCAGUCACAAUUAUGUCUUUAUGCAGGCAAUAGCCGUAGCUUGAGCUGUUAUGUUUUCAGGUUUCCGUCCCAUUAUUGUAAAUGCAAUAUCUCAACAACGCCUCACAGGAAUUUCUCCAAAUUUGGCACGAACAUCCACCUGGACUCAAUGAUGAACUGCUGAGAUUUGGGUGGUCAAAGGUUAAGGUCACUGUGACCUUGUAUCUGUCUAUUCCUUGUGAAUGCAAUAUCCGAUGAAGUCCGGUCUCAGUUGUGCAUGCCAGUAAGUCUAAUACCCAAGUGGAUCCAAGUGCACUCUUAAAAGUUGGGACAUAGUUAAAUUUGGAAUAAACUGUGUGGUGCAGGAAGAGUGACACAUACCUAACACUCUUUUCCAGUUUAUGUGUCUGUUUAUUCUGGAAUCAACACAUUGACCCACAUUCAUUUUCUAAAUACAUUUCUUCUUGUUAGGGUAGAUUUUAUGGGUCCAUUUUGGAUUUGGCUCAGAAUUUUGGCCCUGGGAAGACCUCUACUAUGUAGCCUUACACAUACUCUACACAAGUGUGCAGCUGCAAAUGACAUUGUCCAACAUAUGUAACAUAUGUAUAUGUUGCAUACUCAACCAGAGGUGUUCAAUACCCGAGAAGGUAAAACAGCUGAGUACUAAAACUGUAUCUGUCGGAUUUCUGAAGACAAGAAGGCUUCAAUCUGUUGGGUGUUAGAGCGCUCUUCAUUCUGCUAAAAGUGGUGCGUGAAAUAACAGCUUACUGAUGUCUGUUAGAAAAUUUGCAGAAUACGUUUUUGGAAUGUGGGUUUUAUUUUUGGGCUCGUGUCUAUCCCACAUGGUGUCAGGAAGUAGGUGAAGUAAUAGGGAUCGAGAUGGUAAAUAUGACAGCAAAUUUCUAUCCUCAUAAGAAGGAGCACAUCACCAUGCGAGAUGUGACUGAUAGAAAACGAGCAAACUAGAAGCAAGCCCUGCUGUUCCUCCACUAUAACCCAUACAGUAUGACAUGAAUCUAGAGAAAGCAGGAAAGAGUGCACCAUUAGAAAUUUUAAUGGCUUCCUUGCAGGAAAAAGGAGCUCAUGGUGUUUUUUUUUUAAGGCCCUUGGUUUAGAUCAGUGUAAACUGUAAAUUAAUACAUUACUCAUAAAACUGAAUCAUUAUGUUUCAUGUAAAGAAUCCAGCAUCCUGUUUUGAAAGACUUUCUGUUUGCUUAACAAAUGAUGCGAAAGGUUUUUGAUUUAGCUGCCCCUUCCACACUCUAGUAUAAAGAACAGUUUUUAGAAGACAGAUGUAAAUAGCACAUUAGGUUGUGUAGGGUUUCUUUUAUAUCUACAAUAACCAGGAUUACUGAAAAUGACUCAUUUUGGUUUUGAUUCUACAGAGCAACUGUCUAACAUCUUUGUUUCUUAAUAAUGUAGAUUGUUCAGUUCAAGUGUAAAUGGUUUAUUAAUAUGUGGUUUGUAUAAUCUGGCUUAUUAUCGCAUUGAAAUGACUUGGAUCCCGUUAAAGGAAGGAGGGUGUAACUUUGGUUUUGGGGGAUAUUUAUGAUUUUGUGUACAUGUGGAAAUAUCAAGACUUUUGUGCUGUUUAAUAAAUCCUCUCCUGAUUACUGA